AGGGCAGUACCCUGUAAAACUGUUGUCCAAUAAAGUUCAUUAACGCCCCAUACCGAGGCCUCGCCGCAGUGGCGGUACGAUGGAGAAUUUCACGGCGCUGUUUGGGGCUCAGGCUGAUCCCCCACCACCCCCAGCCGCCCUAGGCUUCGGCUCAGGAAAACCUCCACCCCCACCUCCGCCUCCAGCGGGUGGGGGACCCAGCACGGCUCCGCCCCCAACUGCGACCUCGGCCCCUACGGGCGCAGAGAAGUCUACGGCGGGUGGUGGCCCUUUCUACCUAAUGCGGGAACUGCCAGGCAGCACAGAACUGACAGGCAGCACCAAUCUGAUCACACACUACAACUUGGAACAGGCCUAUAAUAAAUUCUGUGGCAAGAAGGUGAAGGAGAAGUUAAGUAAUUUCCUGCCUGAUCUGCCAGGCAUGAUUGAUCUGCCUGGUUCCCAUGAUAACAGCAGCCUCCGCUCCCUCAUUGAGAAGCCACCUAUUCUUGGUGGUUCUUUUAAUCCUAUCACAGGGACAAUGCUGUCUGGCUUCCGCCUCCACACUGGCCCGUUGCCAGAGCAGUGUCGUCUGAUGCACAUUCAGCCUCCCAAGAAGAAGAAUAAGCAUAAGCACAAACAGAGCCGUACCCAGGACCCUGUUCCCCCAGAAACACCAUCUGAUUCAGACCACAAGAAGAAGAAAAAGAAAAAAGAGGAGGAUCCUGAACGGAAAAGGAAAAAGAAAGAGAAGAAGAAAAAGAAGAACCGACACAGUCCAGACCACCCAGGGAUGGGCAGCUCCCAGGCCAGCAGCAGUAGUAGCCUCCGUUAACAGGACCACUGGACUGCAAGGAUGGCUUUUCCUGUUUUACUGAUGAACCUGCUGACAAAGUUAUCUUCCAGGCUCUUGGACAUUGCCUUGGGGCAUCGGCAGCUGGGACAGGACCAGCUCCUAUUGAGCCUGAUUGUUAUUAAUACACAUUAGAAGACAGAAGGCCUGCCUUUUUAAGACUCAGCCCAGUUGGCUUUCUCAUGGACAUUCCUAUUCUCCCAGAAAGCUGUUCUUUUUUUCCUUUCCCUGUUUUUUGCAGUUUGUCUGAUUUCAGGACUUGUUAGAUUUUUUUCUUUUAAAAAAUUGCAUUUAUUGAACUGGCUAAA